AUCAUCAUAAUCGGCGACACACAGGGUCUGGCAAUACAAUGAAUGAAUGAACAUUCCUUCAAACCAUUUACCCUUCACUGAUUUCUACUGUGAAAGAAGGACAACUGGGAAAAUAAAUAACCUCAGAACUAGUGAAUGGUGUCAUUCUGUGAAAGUGAUUAUUAGCGGCUCUUUCUGCUAACCAAACAUGUAGGUUUCGAAAAGUGAACGCCUCGAUAUUUCUGUGGUCAGCUGGUUGUUUGUUAAGGUUCAGAUGAUGCUUUGCUUGACGGAUUUUUAGAUCUGUGAACUGCCAGCAGUACAUGCAGUAUGGGUGGCACCCAUUCUAGGUCGGAGGACCUUAGAAAGAAGACAUUCAUGAACUCUACCCACUAUAUUGAUUCUCUUCACGAGGUCCCUGGUUACUUCUCAAGAACUCAAGAUGUUACAGAUUUCCUCGGGGAGGACUUCCCAUCUGAGAGGAGGACAGAGAUGUCUUAUACAGGUCCUCCAUCUCACCUAAGUCUCUCACAAGAUGUCCAUCCAUUCCUUGAUCGAGUCGGAUCGGAUUUUCAAGCCUCGGAAAGAUUUGUGAAUCGAAGCCAAGUGAAGGAAGAUGUACCGUCAAGUUUAUUACCAUCUGCGGAUACAGCGGAAGAUUAUCGAGAUAUUGAGGUUCGGGAAACAAUGGCUACCCUUAAGGAACAGGUUAAAGAAGCUCUGGCUAAAAAGAGGAACAUUCAAGUAGAGACUGUGCCCUCAGGACCCCCUGAGGAAUCACCCGAUGCACCCGAACUUGAAUUGCCAACAGAUGAGAAGAGCACCUUAGACUUUUUAGACUCAAUAAUCAAUGAGAGUAUGGAUUUAGAUAUUGGUGGGGAUAGCCCCGAGGUUGAGUCGGACUCUGAAGCUAAUUGGAUUAUGAGAGAUAAAAGCAAGACACCUUUACCUGGACUAAUGCACAGCACUGUACCUGAUUUACCAAUGAGUCCAUCACAGCCACCUUCAAGACCUUCUAGUGGAUUCUUCCGCAAUAGUAUGUACCUUCCAGACUCAGAUACCAUCCAUUCCUUAGGUCGGAGUAAACCUAAACCUCCUCCACCACCAACUAAACCCAAACCAACCAACCGACAUUCACGCCAUAUUCCAGAUGAGAUUGUAUUCAGAAAUAACAUUGAUGUACGAUAUGUGACAUCUCCACCACCCAUUAGACCAAUUCAAUCUGUAGACAUCCUCGGUGCCAUAGACACAAUGGACAGUAAAAACAGUAGUAAUGCCAGUACUGAAGACAUGGGAAUUGUCCUUGAUGAUGUCACAAGUGAUGAAGGUAGUAGAAACGGCGAGAUGGGGAACAUAUACGACACCAAAUCGCGUGUGAAGGGGGUCCGUGCUUUAGUUAGUAUGUAUUCUGAGGAAGGGGAUUCCCCAACGGACCGCCACUCAGGUUAUGACUUCUCACCUAAUGACAGCAUGGUGGGUUUACAUUACCCGGAACGAGACUACUCGUUUGGAAAUAAUAACAACAGUAACUCAGCAAGGUUCUUCAGUGAGAAGGAUAAUAAGACAGACACAUCUACGACGUAUGGAACAAUAUCAUCUGAGGAUUCAGCAUUAGGAGAUGGUAGGGAAGUUGUGGAUGAUGCGGUUCUGGGAAUCAUACAUUCUGAACUUGAAAAGCUUAGAAUAAAUUGAAUUGUAACAUUCCAUUUAUAACUAUUCAUAAUUCAUUUUUAAGCUAGGUGUAAGUUUAGUGGGUAUUCAGAUAUUUUAUCACAAUAUUUUAUUCGGUAUUAUAGUAAAUAAGGAAAAUAGGUUUUUAAAUUGAAGUAUUUUGUUAUAUUCCUGCGCAAGUCGUUUAAAACUGACAGUCGUGAAGCACUUUAAAUGGACAGUUAGUAUAAAAACAAAAAAUACAUGUGUCACAAAUGGUUACUGAGGUGGGAAAGUCGCAGUCCCAUCCAAGCUAAACCUGAAGAAAAAUUUCAACAUUGGUUUCAUUUUGACAACACGGAAAUCCCUACACUCUGAUUAUUUCUCAUCGUUUUUAUUUCUGUUUGUUAUGCUAUCAUUUUACACUUAAGUGGCUUACAGCAUUAUAUUCAAUGGCAAUUUGAAAACUUAUAAGAAACGAAAUACAGUCCUUGUCCCAAAUUUAAGAAAUUAGUAUUUAGCCCUCAUUUUUUGUCCUAUCAUGAACUUCAUUCAUUGUUUUAUAUUUCCAAUUUGCAUUCACAACACAGGUCAAGUUUCUAACCUCUUCUUUUUACACAAAACUCCCUUUUGAUGUGGUCUUUGGGAUUGUGGUUUAACAUUAAUAAUAGUUUAUAAUUUACCUUUUGUUCUUAAAAAGUAAGAUUUGUUUUUACUGUUUUUAUACUUUGUGACUACAUGUAGAUGGUAUUAAAGGGUUUCAGGUGUGCUAAGUUCUUCCACAAAUUUAAAGUAGAAACAGUAAAAAUGUGUUGGGGGAAUUAGUGUCCAAGUGUUUGUGUUGGUUACAGUACAUCAUCUUUUCUAUAAAACCUGCACAAAUAAAAAAGAAUUCUGAGGUGUAAAAAAGCCUGAAGUUUUGUAUCUUUGUUAUCAGAAAAACUUGAAACCUAGUAGCUGUAGUGGAGUAACAUUUGAUAAACCUUGGAAUGGGAGUCAAUUCCAUUAUUGCAAUGUACGCAGUAACAUUAUGAUCAACAGGAUCAGGUCAAUUCCAGCUUAGCAUAUUUAUUGUGUACUCUUAGGCUUCACUAAACCAAUCCAAUAUUUAUUUGAUCAUUGUAGACUUAUUCAAUGGGAUUUUAUUACCUUAUGUAGAAACAUUCACUUACAUGUAUUUUGGAACAAGUAUCAAAAGGAACUCAGCACUUUUCUGGUUUAUAUCGUACUACAUCUUAUUACAACAUUUGCCAAUUCAGACCAAAGAUAAUUGAGCGCCAAUGGCACAAUACGUGAAAUGUUCACUGGACGCCAUUUCAGUAAGCAUAUCUUUUUAUACAAUUGAUCAACAUAGACAAUUAACAAUGACCAUUGCUAUCAAUGAUAUAAAAAACAUUUGCUUGCUGAAAUGGCGCCUAUCUACGUACAUGUAUGUAUUUCAUGUUCCAAUAACAGAGUGUGCCUUUUGCGCCUCUAGUGGCACUCUAUAAUCUUUGAUUCAGACUCAACCGUAUCGGUCUUUUGUAUUCUAAAGCCUGGUGGUGAACCCCGUAUGCUAGGCUCUACCUUUGCUAUAAGAUCCACAUUAUCUACUGAUGUACUCAACUAAACCUGUAUACCUCAUUAUAAAUAGUAUUAUAUAACCUGAUAAACUGUCUAUUGGAACAAAAGAAUGACAUUGCAUUUAAUAACUCCACCCACUGUUUACUAAGUGGCAUGAAGUGUAGAUUUAACGCACACUUGACGUCAGUUUUGUUGGUUGUGUAUGCAGUGAGUUCAGGGUCUUCACUACAGUGAAGUGAACUUAAUUAACAUCUACAUGAAGCCACGUCAUAUUGCCCUGAUCUAUUUAUUAUGGGCGUAGUGGUGUGUUUAAUUUACACAAACUGGAGGUCUAGAAUGCCAGCACUUUAUUCAGGUUUAAUAUCCUUCUCAAAUAUUUGAUAAUUGUUCGUACUAUCAUGUCCAACUGUUUUGCCUUUUGGUCUGGUGUGCUAUUACGUUCCGUACUGCAAUUGGGUGUUUACCGCUACAGUGUGCCAGUAUUCAUGCUUUGUGUUUUUAUUUCAUUGUAUCAAAGAAAGAAAUGGAAUUUUAUGUGCCUGGGAAAUGAAACUUCCGUCUGUUAAUGUGAUUUGUUGUAAAUUUAUUGAAUGGCGUUGUACUGAGCUUGCAAACAGGUGAUUUUGUAAGCAAGGACAAAUUGGCUUGCCUUGGUGUAUCAUUGAUGGUUAAGGUUGAUGUAUUCAGAAAAAGACGAAUUAGAAAUCAAGUCACAUAAAGUUUGAGGGAGUUAUUCAUUUCAACUGUAUUCUUUUUUGCAAUGUUUUUUCAUGCAUGGCUGUCAUUAUUGUCAGGUAGCUGAAAGAAAUCUUUCGAAGCUUGAUCUAUAGGCACAGUGUACAUUCAAUAUCAGGAAUUUGUUCAUGUCACACACACCGCAUUGAUUCAUCAUUACACAACAUGGGAUGGUUUUGUCAUACAGGAAAUUCCUACACGUAGGCAACUUGGAGGUAACCAAUGCACACAAGAUGCUAGUUUUUUUAACUGUCUUAGUUAAUGUUACCCUAAUAUUCAUUACUUUUAAUAUGACUGUAUCCAAUCCUUUAUUUCCAACCAAACCAGUUUGCGUGUGUUAUUCAAGUACAUUGUCAAAGCAAUGCAGUCUGCACCCAAACAGUGUCUACGCUUUAAAGUCUUCUUUAUGGCCUUUGAGAGUUUAAUGUCCCAAUAAAUUCUGUUGUGAAAUGGUUUUACUAUUUUACUACAUGUAGUUUACAGAAUAUUGAUGCCUAAAUACAAUUGCAGAAACCUUUUUGCAGAAUGAAGUGUCUGUUAAUGGCCAAACGAAUCGGCAAAAUUAAAGGUUUUUUUGAUGUUUUAUGAGGUGUUGCACAAUCAAAACAUUUUUAUAUUCAGGAAUGUUAUUCCAGCUUUAAUCUGCCGCUUUUUCCAAAGAAUUCAUACUACAAUACAACAGAAGUAACUUUGUUGAGAGUUUAAAGGAUGCUAUUUUAGCAGGUGGUAUGGUCUUUACAGGCAGUUUUAUAAAUCAUGUGAAGUGGGUGUGACUUGCAGCCUUUCUUUGUGUGGAACUUUACCUUUAGAGCUCACUGUAUCAAGUAAAAUGUAAUGGUUUUCACAACAAACUGGAAUUUCAUCUAGACUGAAAUGUUUUCACUAUUAAAAACCGCAGUGGUAUUUAUACAGAGUUGAAGAAGUUGUUUUAUUUUCUGGAAAAUGUGUGGAAUUAAGCUGAAAGCUUGACUGUUAUUUGUAUAUCUUGAUGCUUGUGAAUUCUGGCUGUGUGUGUGUCUUAAACGUUUUUGAUCAUCUAGGAGAGAGUUUGAGAAGUUGUUACAGUUUUUUGACGUCAGUGUUUAUCUACUUCUUUAUAUUAUUAUAGUCUUAUUAUUACAUAUUUUAUAUUUUAGUAACAGUCUUGUAUCAUUCCAUGGAGUGUGCUUUGUAGAUUUACAGGGAGUAAUAUCACAACAGAUCUAUUUUCUUUUUCCUAUUCUGAAGUAGAUAAUUUCCUCACUUAACAAAGAGUGUGUGAAACUACGUAUUAUUUGAUCACCAUUUUAUCUUUAUUUCAAAGUUUAUUUUUAAUAGUUUUUAAAUGAAAUUCUUUUUAAUAUUUGUAUUUGUUUUUCCAUUGUGAAAUUUUGGGGUUUUAUAUUUAUUGCCAAUGUGUCCCGUGUAAAAUGUGGCACAGAAUAGAAAUGACUUGUUCUUGUAAAAACACAUUUAAAAUCAUAAAACUUAACUGAAAGUUUUUGUCAUGUUAAUCUUAUAAAAUUCAUGUAAAUAAAAAAUGCAUGUUAUUGAAAGGUCAACUGAAA